AUGGUCAAGUUCGACAAGAAGGUGAUAGCUGGGCUGCGGAAGGGGCUCGAGCAGCACAGAAACUCAGAAACCCUGGGUCCGAACGGGCACAUCUUGUACGAUGCAAUGGCGGACACCGUAUCGAGCGGCGGUGACUUCAGCGCUCUCUCCACCGAUCCCUUCUCUCUUCCAGCUGCCUGCUGGCGCUCGAGCCAUCCUACCGUACGCGCGGGGCUGUCGGCCCUUGUGAGCCUCGAGGCCAUCCUGACAUGGGCUGAGAACUCUAAAUCGUCUCAGACGACGAACUUGGUGCUAGGUCCUCUGCGUGAAGGGUGGUUCGACAUCAUAAACUGGCUGGAGUUCUCGCUUCCAUCUAAAGGUCCUCUACCUCUUGAACGUGCCUACUUUCGCGUCUCCAUAAAUCUCCUGCGUCACCUAUUUCGCUUGAAGAAGCAUCUAGCGGACCUGCUCGAGCGGAGCACACAGGUGCAUGUGUGGACGAUGACGCUAUGGUGCUGCCUGUGGCUGAAGAAGGACGACGAAGAGAUGAUAUGGGACUACGGCUACUGGAUGGCGCGGGCAAACGAGGCCAUCUCGUUCAUGGCUAAGCCCAUCGCCUCGACGGGCAAAGAAGACGAUUACGACCACGAAUGCGUCUGGGAGGCAUUAGCUGCGGUCAAUCACCGGUCGGAUCGCGUGCAUCGGUUCAUCAUACUCGGUAUCACGCAGUUCAUCGACUUCACGCUGAACGUGUCGCGCAGGACCCGGGAGUUCUUCAUGCGGGAGACUCUCAGCGGGAUCCAGACGCAGCUCGAGGAGCUCAACCGCUUCUUCGUGGGUAUGGGCGUGACACGAGUUCGUGAACGUGACGUUGCCGCAGUGGUUGAUGUCGCCCAGAAACUCCAUAGCCUCCCCGGGGGCAACGAUGUCGCCUGCUUCGCAUUGGACCUCCUCACGUCCUUCUGGGAUUGGGAGCAUCGCUCUAUCGCCUGGUCACUGAAGGCUGGCGUGUUCCCUCUGGCUGCGUCCCUCUGGCGUCGAGAGUCGAAGGUAUCGUGCGAUAAACGGGGAACACUCAUCAGGCUAUUCUUCACACUUGCCACUUGGAGCGCAUAUCUCCCCGUCGCGAUCGCUUUCCAGAGAUACCGCGCGGGUCAGUCUUUCGAGACCGCUGGCUGUCUAGAGGAGGAAUACGUGAAGAUAUUUCCUCAAUGGGUUGGCGCUCACGAGGAGAUGAUGAAGCGAUGCGCACUUGUGGAGGAGAUCUUCGAGCCCAAAUGCCAUAACUGGCGAUGCCCAGCCAAUGGGCAGCUUGAGGGCACGCGCGUCAAGUGUUGCGGGUGCUACAAGGCUUACUACUGCUCGGAGGCUUGCCAGAAGCAGCACUGGCGCAUGCACAGGUGCUUCUGCUCCUUGAUCAGAAGGACCGCCGACGGUCGUUUCACGAGGAUAGAGCCCGCGAUACGCACUGACAGGGGAUAUGUGAAGCCCAGGGAGGCGCACUUUAUCAAGGUCCUCGCAAAGAAGUUUAUUCAUGAGUGCGGCCAGAAAAUCCUUGAGACCAUCAUCGACCACCAACGCGAGACGCUCCCUGCGGACGAUGCCACCUGCGUGGUCGCGCUCUGCGUCCGUCUCGACGAGGUUCCCCCGGGGGUUGGCAUUCAGCUGUACCCCGGGCACGGAAAGGAGGACUAUGAUCCCAGCCGCAGCUACGAGGAGAACACGAAAAUAUACGUCACCGCACAGCUGCCCCCCACGCGCCGUCAGGAGCGGCCUCCGCCUCUCGUCGAGGUGAUGGUGAUCACAAUGUGGGAGCUUCGAGAUAGGGCGGAGCACUUCAAGUCGUGCAAAGACCAUGCGAUAACACGUGGAAGCGGGGACGCUGAUCAGCCCAGCGAUUUGAACUUGGACCUCACACUCGCGCUGCUCUACUCGAAUUGGCGGUGUUGCUCGACCAUGUGGAAGCUCGACAGAAGGGUGGUAGUGGUGCUGCGAAAGGUCCUCGACCAUCGUGAAGCCGACGCGAUAAACUAUGGCCCAAACCAGGACAUCAUCUGCCAAGCAAUCGCAGGCACCCUAUUGAGCGGAGGGGACUUCAGCGCCCUAUCCACUGAUCCGUUCUCCCUCCCACCUUCUCGCUGGCGUCAUGACGAUACAUCCAUAGCAAGAGGGAUGACAGCCCUCGUAAGCUUCGAGGCAUUGCUGUCAUAUCUUGAGCUGUUCGACAACCCUCAGGCGUUUUCCCUGGUGCUAGACGAUCUGCGGAACGAAUGGUUCGACAUCAUCAACUGGCUGGAAUUCGCGCUUCCGUCCAAGGGUCCCCUCCCCUUCCAUCGCGCUUACUUUCGCAUCUGCAUCUACCUCAUCCGACAUAUCUUUCGCCUGAAGACGCACCUGUCAGACCUUCUGACGAUGAGCACGCAAGUGCACGCCUGGGCUAUGACGCUGUGGACCAGCCUGUGGCUCACGUCCGUCGAAGCCACAGGCGCCGGGGACGACUACGACCACAACGCCGUCUGGGAGGCCUUAGCCGCGGUCGGGCAUAAGCCGUAUCGCAUUCAUAGGCUUGUCAUCAAGGGAAUUACGAACUUCAUGGACUUCAUGUUGCGCUCCCCCGAGUUCUCGCGGGAGUCCUUCAUGAGGGACACUCUCAACGUAAUCCAGAUGCAGCUGUACGAGUUGGAUCGCAUAUUCGGGGAGAUGGAUGUAACUCAUGUUCGUGAAGGCGAUGUAUCCGCCUUGGUCGCCGUCGCUCGGAAACUUCACAGCAUUACGGACGGCAACGACGUCGCUUGCAGCGCGCUGGCACUCCUUGUGUCCUUCUGGGAAUGGGAGCGUCGUUCUAUCGUCUGGUCACUCAAGGAAGGCAUAUGCCCCCUCGCCGCCUCUCUGUUUCGACCGGAAGCAAAGGUAUCCAGCGAAAGGAGAGUGACCCUCACCAAGUUAUUCGGCAUGCUCGCUUCCUGGACCAUCUAUUUUCCUGUAGCCGUGGCUUACCACACGUAUCAUGGCGGAGAGACUCUCAGGACCGCGGGCGUUCUCGAGGAGCCAUACGUGUCCUCAGGCUGGGUUGCGGCUCACCAGCAGAUGCGUCUUCGAUACGAGACUGUAGAGGAACUCCUACGCCCGAAGUGCUUCAAUUGGCGAUGCCCGGCGAAGGACCGACUGGAAGGCGCGCGUGUAAAAUGCUGCAAGUGCUUCGACGCAUAUUACUGCUCCGAGACCUGCCAAAAGCAGCAUUGGCGCAUGCACAAGCGCUUUUGUUCUGCCAUCUGGUCUGUCAAAUCGCCCAAUGGUCGGAUGAGGCGAAUCGACAAACCUGUGCUCACCGACAGAAGCUACGCCAAGCCUCGAGAUGCCCACUUCGCUAUGUUGAUCGCCAAAGAUUACGUCCAUGAGUAUGCCCAAACGAUAAUAGAUGACCUCGUCGAAGUUCGACGCGAAAAGCUUCCGACCGGCGCACACGAUCUCGUCGCAUCCGUCUGCGUCCUCUUCGACGAGAAAGCACCUCGUCUCGAAAUUGGGGUGACUCCGGUAGCGGGCGAGGACGUCCGCGACCCCAGCCUAUCCGCCGAGGAUAGCACGAUGAUAUCUGUGUCCGCGCGGCUGCCUGCGACGCAGCGCGGCAAACGGGCAUCGCCUGUUAUCGAGGUCAUGGUGUUGACAUUGUGGGAGCUGCGGGACAGAGCGGAGCAUUUCAGGACGUGCGAGAAUCAUGCAGCAUGCGCGGCCCGCGUGCAGAGCAGGCCUCCCAGGUGCAACCAAUUGGAGUCGCUGGGCAGACGAUGUGAGUCGUGUCUGGAAAACUGGGGGCCGGACGAGGAUCCGUGGAGUGCGCCGGAGGCGUUGGAGUGCAGGCGCGGGAUGUACUGA